AUGCCGAAACACGACGCAAAAGCACAACGCGGUGAUGUUUCGAGGGAUGAUGACGAUGGCAAGGGCAAACCAAAGAAGGUUCUGCGUGCAUGCGACGCUUGCCACCAUCGUCGUGUCCGAUGCAAUCACAACAAUCCCUGUGACAACUGCAUCCGACUCAACAUCAAUUGCACCUGGAUCAAGGCGUCAAAAGGCAAACAGGCUUCAGGUCGACGCAUCGACUUGCUCCGCAAAGGUCACAACCCCGCCGCUUCCGAGCUUACUCCAUCCCCACCCAACCAAAGGCCACCGACCGAGCAUUCUCCCAUAACGGCACCGAGUCCAUCGGGCUCGCGGAUCAUCCUCCCGCCACCUGGGCACGGCCAGCACUCUGCGCGCUCACCGCGUCACUAUGCACCACCAAACCUUGGACCUUCUGCCAUGAGUCCACCGGGACAGCCUGCGAGUGCGGCGUCUCCUUCUUCCGCACUACCUUCGAGCCUCUACUCUCGUGAUGCAGCCAACAGGACUUCCUUCGGAGCCGGUGCUCACAGCAGAUUCGACCCUGUCGCGCAUGCCAACUCCGCUGUGCCAGCACAGCAGCCAUCUCCUUCUUCGCACUGGUCGAGCCCUACAUCGCGCUCCCCUGCCAAUCGAUACCCAUCGCACGGCGCAUAUGCACAGCAAGAAUACCCUCCUACCUCGCACCAUGCGCAUUCGUCCAACAGCCUCCAUAAUCACCCGCACCCUUCAUACCCGCAGCACUUAUCGUCACAUACUUACCCUCCCCACCAGCAGUAUCCACAGGUGCCGCCUCAUUACGCCUCCGCAGCGCAUCCGCCGCCUCCUCAGCGCCAUCCUUCCAAUGCCAGCCAGGGCACCAAUGGUCCAGGCAACUCCAAUCAUGGCUUUGCCCCCUCCGAGAGCUUCUCUGAGGGUCUCGGAGGCUCCCUCUCCGGACUGGCGCCAGAUGUGGCCGCAGGCCUUCGUCUGCCCGAUUUUGGCACUUCGCUCGCUGACUCGUAUCUCAAUCCGCAAGAGGGCGGCGAACGUCGACGUAGUGUUCUGUUGGACAUGAAUGCAGGAGCGUUCCUUGUGGAUGCCUCGGGAAAUCAAAUCAACGGCGCGACCAGUGGCACAAACAACUUUGACAACUCGUACAAUUCUCACGGCAACGGGGUCAACCAGGCGAGGACCUUCCUCGACGUACUUGGUCAAAACAGUCAGAUGUUCGGUGGGAACACCUCGACGCCAGGCUCCGUCACUCAUUCCGAAGCCGAGCUCGCCAGCAACGAGCCUCAUCCUUUGUCCGACUCUGUGCUCAUCCCAAGCAUCGCCAUCUUCUUUGAACGCCUCCAGUCCAUCAUGCCCGUCUUCACUCGAGCUUGGGUCUUUGGCAAGAUCGACCGUGGAGAGCACCGCACGGAUCCGCAGCUCGGAGCCAUGCUCAUUGCGCUCUCCGCUUUCGCACUGUGCCAGCCUGUCGACUCGGCCGAUCCCGUCGACAGCUCCUCUCGCAAGCGCAGGGUCCGUCGGCUGCUCGAAGAGUCGGUCAAGAUGCGCAACAGUGCGCUCCUCGGUAGUCACCCGUCGCUCGAGGCCAUCAUGGCAUCCUUCUUCAUCUUUGGUACGCUGUUCGGACUCGGCGAGGAGAAUGCGGCGUGGUUCCGCCUGCGCGAGGCAGUCACCCUCGGAUACUUGCUGCGCAUUCACGAAACAUCGUCCUACGAGCAUCUGGACAAGGACGAGCAGGAACGUCGUCUCCGUGCAUACCUCCUGCUUGCCAUCACGGAACGUGCCUACGCCAUCCAGUCUGGCUCUUCGAUCACGUUCAGGGGCAACCCGCGCAAGGCGACCGACUCGAUCCGACGCAAAUUCGACGUCUACCAGCUGCAGGACUUUCCCAACCUGCAGAGUCGACUCUUUGAUGUGGUCGACGAGAAGUUUGUCGACUGUUGGAAUCGCAAAUGCCCUGGUCCCGGCUGCGACUAUCUGGACGCAAACAGGGCUGUUCAGCUGCACCGCGCUAUCAAGGAGAGCGAUGAGGACGAGCAGAAGGAGAAAGAGUCGUUCCGCCGAGAGCAUCCCAGCGGACCGUCGAGGCGCGACAACGUGUACGAUGGACGCAGGCACCAUCCCUACGGCGGACACCCGACCAAGAUGGAGGACUCAUCGGCUGGCAGUGGCCACGGCAGCAAGUCGGAUUGGGACAAGAGCAAAGUGCAGAAAGCCGACGUGGAAGUGACACGACAGUGGCUGCUCAACAGGCUGUGGAUGACUUGUCGCUCUCACUCGCUCCUCACCGCCGAUGCGACCGAAGAACCACUUCGAAUCGAUUACGCCAUCGACAUUGCCCGCGAGACACUCCGGGUCUGCAACUCGCUCUCGCUUCGCUCCAUGGAAGCACACGGCAUCGGUCUCACGCGCAAGCUCAACGAUAUCGCGCAAACGCUCGUCAUCGUUUGUCGAGACUACCCCGCCAUCGCCAUGUCCGUGCCCUUCGAAGGCGAUCCCAUCAAGACCGACCCUACGCUGUUCGGUCCCUACUUUGGACCAUCUCCACCGGACGCCUCCGCGCACAGUGGUGGAGGAAGCCAACACCACCAAUCUCCGCAGAUUGACACAUCGACUGAUCACCCCUCGGCUACCUCGAGCAAUCUUGUACCCCUGGAUAAAGCUUUCUCGCCAUCUUAUGCGAUCGAGGCUAUCCUGCACAAGUACCUGGACAUCUUUAAGCGCUUCAGGGGGGGUGACCAUCCGUAUCUGCCCGAGUUGGUCGAGGCGGUCAAGGAGUUGCCCAAGAUGGCGGAGCUAUCGUUCGACAGAUUCCUCAGAGAAAUGGGCUUAUUUUGA